AUGAAUGAACUGGAGCUGAAGCCACGAAGCUUCAUCCGCGACAUGGACAUUCUGCUCAGCACCAUGGAGGAGGUGAGGUCCCGGAGGCCCCUGGUCCGGGCCUCCUCAGAAGAGUCUGAUCUGGGGUCUGUCAGUUCGUUGCCUUCGUCUCGAGGAGACACUCUUCCCUGGAACCUGCAGAAGCAUCAUCGCAUCAAACGCUCCAAGUCUGCGUCUGGAGACGUGCUGGACCCGACCGAGAGGGCCGUGCUCCGGAUCGCAGGUACAGGGGGGUAUCACAGGUACGAGGGGGGCGCGAUCCGCAACGCAAGUACGAGGGGGGCAUCACAGGUACGAGGGGGGCAUCACAGGUACGAGGGGGCGUAUCACAGGUACGAGGGGGGCAUCACAGGUACGAGGGGGGCAUCACAGGUACGAGGGGGGCAUCACAGGUACGAGGGGGGCAUCACAGGUACGAGGGGGGCAUCACAGCAGCCAGUCUCCAUACUGGACCCGGGACAGAGGCAGCCAGAGGAGCAGGACUAUGUGCAGGCCUACGAGAACGUCCGGGAGAGGUAUAAAGGUGGGCGUGGUCUGUCUGGUGUUAGCCUGAGCUGGGUGUGUCUUACAGGUGGGCGUGGUCUGUCUGGUGUUAGCCUGAGCUGGGUGUGUCUGACAGGUGGGCGUGGUCUGUCUGGUGUUAGCCUGAGCUGGGUGUGUCUGACAGGUGGGCGUGGUCUGUCUGGUGUUAGCCUGAGCUGGGUGUGUCUUACAGGUGGGCGUGGUCUGUCUGGUGUUAGCCUGAGCUGGGUGUGUCUUACAGGUGGGCGUGGUCUGUCUGGUGUUAGCCUGAGCUGGGUGUGUCUGACAGGUGGGCGUGGUCUGUCUGGUGUUAGCCUGAGCUGGGUGUGUCUGACAGGUGGGCGUGGUCUGUCUGGUGUUAGCCUGAGCUGGGUGUGUCUGACAGGUGGGCGUGGUCUGUCUGGUGUUAGCCUGAGCUGGGUGUGUCUGACAGGUGGGCGUGGUCUGUCUGGUGUUAGCCUGAGCUGGGUGUGUCUGACAGGUGGGCGUGGUCUGUCUGGUGUUAGCCUGAGCUGGGUGUGUCUGACAGGUGGGCGUGGUCUGUCUGGAAGGUGGUCUUAA